GCUGCGCGCAGCCUCGUCCCCCAGCGUGCCCUCGCGCGCUUCCUCUCGCCCGCUCUGCUCCUUUUUAGUGACUCCGGGGCACGCGCAGCGUUCGCGCGGCGAUUGGCUGCCUCGGUGGCGGCGCCACAGGCCCGAGGAACUACGCGAGCGGAGUGGGCGCUUCAGGAUCCCGCGGCUCCUCAGAUAUAGCCAUAUUUGUCUUGCACAAGAGAGCUCAGUGGGAAGUGAGCGCGUACCAGUAGAUGAGCAGCUGACUAUGAAUUCUGAGCAGAGCAUGCACGAAUUAGGCAAUGAAGACACAUCUGAGGACCUUGAACUACCAGGAAGUAAAUCCAGCAAUUUUCAGGUCCUCCGACCUUGUCCAGAUGAAGGGCCAUCUGCAAAGUGCAGUAUUAUGGAAUGUGGAAAGAAUUAUGAAUCUGUGAUUUCUUAUCAAGUUAUCCCAGACUUAAAUAAAGAGACAUCAGUAGCAUAUCUUCAAAAAGAAUUGGAAAUUCUCAGAGCAAGCAAUAAAAAGCUUCAAGAAAAAUUGGCUAAGGAAGAUAAAGAAAAGAGAAGACUGAAGCUUAAGUUGGAACUCCAAGAGAAAGCCGCAGAGGCUGACAUUGCGGAAAGGACUGCAGCUUUGGUUGAAGAAGUGUAUUUUGCACAGCGAGAACGUGAUGAAGCUAUUAUGUGCAGACUGCAGUUAGCCCUCGAGGAGAGAGAUGAAGCCAUUGCACGUGUGAAACAUAUGGAAAUGUCACUAAAAAUGCUAGAAAAUAUUAACCCUGAAGAAAAUGACAUGACAUUACAGGAAUUACUGAGCAGAAUAAACAAUGCAGACACUGGGGUAGCUAUUCAGAGGAAUGGAGCUGUAAUUGUGGAUAGAAUCUACAAGACCAAGGAAUGUAGAAAGAGAAUAACCGCAGAAGAAAUGAACGCCGUCCUAGAAGAGCGGGAUGCGGCAUUGUCUCAGUGCAAACGGCUGCACCAGGAGCUUCAUCGUCUGAAAGAGCAGAACCAGACUUCAGCAAACAACACGAGACGUCCGACGGCUGAAAACAAUCAGGAACGUGCUCUGAAGACAAAAUUAUUAUCAAUGCAGCAAGCCAGAGAAACUGCAGUUGAACAGUACAAAAGGCUGGAAGAAGAAAUACAGACAUUACGAGUUUACUACAGCUUGCAUAAAUCAUUAUCUCAAGAAGAAAACCUGAAGGAUCAGUUUAACCAUGCCCUUAGUACCUAUGAAGAAGCCUUAAAGAACAGAGAGAGCGUUGUCUCACUCACUCAACAACAGAAUGAAGAACUGGCCACCCAACUUCAGCAGGCUCUCACUGAGCACUCUAACAUGGAAUUACAGCUUCAGUGUGCUGUGGAGGCCUCCCAAGCAGCCAACGAAAAGGUUCAGAAGUUAGAAAGGCUGGUGGAUGUCCUGAGGAAGAAGGUUGGAACAGGGACCGUGAGGACCGUGAUCUGACUGAAAGCCACCCAGUCUGGGGAAGCAGUCACAUCUGGUGGCCAGGCUGUCUCAUUCAACACUGUGUAAACACUAAAAGCCUUAACUUAGCAAACAGUUGUUAGAAGUGGGACACUCCAACCACAUUCCAAGCUGAGAUAAAAUCAAAUCACAAAUGUUUAACCACUUUGCUGCUGACUUCAGUUAUUUAUCCAAAUAUAUUAACUACAGGCUUUUACCAACUAGAACAUUGCAGCUUAUUUUGUAGCUAUUUUAUAUUUGUGCCUUUAAUGUAAAUCUUUUAGCCGGUGUGCUAUAAAAAAAAACGUGUGAAGUCAGUUGGGAUCGGAGCCCCGCAUAUGGCCCUUUCUGAAUCAAAGUGCAGCAAAGUAAAUAUUGUCCAAGCCUUAAUCCACUGUGUUAGGUCAAAACUUCAAAUAAAUGCGUUUUCAGUAUAGAGUAUAUUUCUUAACUGAUGGGAGAAGCUCAGACAUGAGAGAAUGUAGCCUACCUUCAAUGUAUGUAUGCAGCUUUUGUUCUUACUAUUGAAGAAUAUAGUAUAGAUGCCAUGAAUUAAAUGUAUAAUUUGCUUUAAUAGGACAUUAAAAUGGCAAUCACCAAGGCAUGAUUUUUGUUUCACUAUAAAUAAUAUACACUGUUUUCAAUAAAAAGGGCUAUUAAAGU